UGAAUUUAUGGUGAAGCUGUACAAGCAUCAUUCGUCCUGUUUCAGGAAUCUGAAUUGAUCCUCAGAUUGGAAAUGGUGGUUUGCGACGGUAGUUGUGCGAGUCUCAGGCCCUCCGAAGUGGCUCUGGUAUUACUCUGCACUUAUUUGGAUGCUGCUGUUAAUCGACUGAAUGCAAAUGCAGAUGCCACUGUGUCUACCGAUGACCCAUCCUCACAUAACACAUCCGUCAUUACAUCAUCUUAUCAGAUGCUGAAAGACGAACUCAUGCAGUUUGCUGUGGAGCUCCGAGAGAAAUGCAAUAUCUCAGAGGAGAGUUUUCGCUCCACUCACGGGACGGUGGGCACUGUACUGAGCAAGUAUAACGCCCAGGAGCAAACACCUCAUAGACAGAAACUAAUUUGGAAACUUUCAUCUCGUACUGCAGGUGUUCUACGUCCGACCGACAAUUUCAGAUCUGUACUACCAGCCAUCGCGGAACAUGCGCCGAUUCCAUCUCCAAGCAAGAUCAGAAAAACUCGUAAAUAUGCCCGACGCCAUGGCAAUAAGAGACGUUAAACAUCAUCAUUUUUUUUUUAUGGAGAGUACGGUACUGGAAUUUCCAUCUAAUAUAUCACGUUUUUGAUAUAUUAGAUGUCUGGUACACGUCAAGUAAAAGCACAAGAUUAUCACUUUUUCCAGUACGAAGAUCAAAAUUUUACUCGAAAGUACAAACGUCGAUUCACGCAUUGCAAUGAUUUCCCAUAGAUACUUUGUUUACAUGAUCUUCAGAUGUCAUACUGGCAAGAUAUAAGUCGUCGUUUCACUAUAUAAAUAUAAGAUAUAAUUAUGUAUAAAUAACGUGUCAUAAGAUCGCAAAGUAAACAUAAUGGCCGGUAUUCAUAAUCGGUUUUUAUCUUAAGACGAUCUUAAGACUCGAAUUGAUUCAUGAUGUACUGAAGACAAUCUUAAAUAUAAGAAUCGACUAUAAACCCCAGCCAAUAAGUAACGAAAAGGUCUUAUCGAUCUGAGCUGGAUUUAAAAGUACAAUUUCACGUGCUGCUAAAACAAUUAGAGCACGAAUUUGUCAUUCUUAGUCCAGCAGCUAAAAUGAUAGCGGCUAUCGCCGUGUCGAUCAUAUUGACCACGAUAUAUAUAUAAAACUUAAUUUAUUCUUUGUUGCUGAUCCAACACAUACACACACACACAAAUCUAUCACUCAAAUGUCAAAUUCGGUGAUUCUUGUCUUUUUUCAUGUAAAGUCCUGUAACAAAAGUACGUGAUCUUUUUUUGUUGCUGAAACAUUUGAACGGCUCGUAAAAAUGCAUCUUAAAUAAUAUUUCGGUGUGAAUUUAUACAUAUCCAGUUCUAGUUUUAUAGUUCUGUAUGUUUUGCCAGUAUGUGAAUCAUUAUUAUCGCGCUAUAUGUUAAUCUCUGCUAACUUUCUCAUUGCAUUAUACAUACAUAUUUUGGAAUAUUUAUGCAAAUAUUUUAUAAAGAAAACACAGAUUUAUUCUUUCUGUAUUCCAAGAUCGCUGGAAUUAAAGUGCUGUUACAAGCAUGAGGAAAAAGAGGAAUAGAAACAAAGUAAGUUCGUCUUUAAAUAUUGAAAAUUAAUGUGAUAUACAAUGUCAUUUAUAGUGAUUAUCUAAUUAGUAAAACAAUAUCGGUAAAAGCGUGUAUAUCUGUAUAUUUACAAAAUGUGUUAAAAACGAGCAAAAAGAUAUAAAAGAAAAAGUAAUA